GGAGGGAGCGAGCAAGGCAGGCAGGCGGGCCGGGAGGGAGGAGGGCGCGCGGGCGGCGGCGGCGGCGGCGGCGGCGGCGGCGGCGGCGGAGAGAGCACAGGACGAGCCGGGACGCGGCGCCGCGGCACCAGGGCGCGCAGCCGGGCCGGCCCGACCCUACCGGCUACACGGUGGAGCCACUGGAAGCCCAAACCCACAGGCAGCCCAAGGCAGAGUUUCACCAGAGUUCCACUCAACAUCCGGAUCUAUGUCUAAGUUUUAACUCUUGCUUACAAAGACCACGAUAAUUCCUUCCCCAAAGCCAAGCAGCCCCGCAGCCCCGCGCAGCUCCAGCCUGCCUCCCACGGCCCAGCUGCCCGCAAUGCCCUCCAGCGGCCCCGGGGACACCAGCAGCUCCGCUCUGGAGCGGGAGGAGGACCGCAAGGAGGGAGAGGAGCAGGCGGAGGCUCGUGGCAAGGAGGAGCGGCAGGAGCCCAGCACAACCGCACGGAAGGUGGGGCGGCCUGGGAGGAAGCGCAAGCACCCCCUGGUGGAAAGCAGCGACAUGCCAAAGGACCCUGCGGUGACCUCCAAGACCCCAGCCAUGGCCCAGGACUCAGGCCCCUCAGAACUGUUGCCCAAUGGGGACUUGGAGAAACGGAGUGAGCCCCAGCCAGAGGAGGGGAGCCCUGCUGGGGGGCAGAAGGGCGGGGCCCCAGCAGAGGGAGAGGGUGCAGCUGAGACCCCGCCCGAAGCUUCCAGAGCCGUGGAGAAUGGCUGCUGCACCCCCAAGGAGGGUCGAGGAGCAGAAGAGGGGCUCGGUGGGGUCGCUGUAACCCAGACCUGCCCUGGCCCGGGGGCGGAUGCGAAGAGCCCCAGGGCACCUCUGGUGGGAGAGGGCAAAGAACCGAAGGAGACCAACAUCGAAUCCAUGAAAAUGGAGGGCUCCCGGGGCCGGCUGCGGGGUGGCUUGGGCUGGGAGUCCAGCCUCCGCCAGCGGCCCAUGCCGCGGCUCACCUUCCAGGCGGGGGACCCCUACUACAUCAGCAAGCGCAAGCGGGACGAGUGGCUGGCACGCUGGAAAAGGGAGGCUGAGAAGAAAGCCAAGGUGAUUGCAGUAAUGAAUGCUGUGGAAGAAAACCAGGGGUCUGGUGAGUCUCAGAAGGUGGAGGAGGCCAGCCCUCCUGCAGUGCAGCAGCCCACCGACCCUGCCUCGCCUACUGUGGCCACCACGCCUGAGCCUGUGGGGGCCGACGCUGGGGAUAAGAACGCCACCAAAUCAGCUGAUGAUGAACCAGAGUACGAGGACGGCCGGGGCUUUGGCAUUGGGGAGCUGGUGUGGGGGAAACUGCGGGGCUUCUCCUGGUGGCCAGGCCGCAUUGUGUCUUGGUGGAUGACGGGCCGGAGCAGAGCAGCCGAAGGCACCCGCUGGGUCAUGUGGUUCGGAGACGGCAAGUUCUCAGUGGUGUGUGUUGAGAAGCUGAUGCCACUGAGCUCCUUCUGCAGUGCUUUCCACCAGGCCACCUACAACAAGCAGCCCAUGUACCGCAAAGCCAUCUAUGAAGUCCUGCAGGUGGCCAGCAGCCGGGCAGGGAAACUGUUCGCAGCAUGCCAUGACAGCGACGAGAGUGACACUGCCAAGGCCGUGGAGGUGCAGAACAAGCAGAUGAUCGAGUGGGCCCUCGGAGGGUUCCAGCCCUCUGGCCCCAAGGGCUUGGAACCACCGGAAGAGGAGAAGAACCCCUACAAAGAAGUUUACACAGACAUGUGGGUUGAACCUGAGGCAGCUGCCUAUGCACCACCCCCACCAGCCAAAAAGCCCCGAAAGAGCACAACUGAGAAGCCCAAGGUCAAGGAGAUCAUUGACGAACGGACAAGAGAGCGGCUGGUGUACGAGGUGCGGCAGAAGUGCCGGAACAUUGAGGACAUUUGCAUCUCUUGCGGGAGCCUCAAUGUCACCCUGGAACACCCUCUCUUCAUCGGAGGAAUGUGCCAAAACUGCAAGAACUGCUUCCUGGAAUGUGCGUACCAGUACGAUGACGAUGGCUAUCAGUCCUACUGCACCAUCUGCUGUGGGGGGCGUGAGGUGCUCAUGUGUGGGAACAACAACUGCUGCAGGUGCUUUUGCGUCGAGUGUGUGGAUCUCUUGGUGGGGCCAGGGGCUGCCCAGGCAGCCAUUAAGGAAGACCCCUGGAACUGCUACAUGUGCGGGCACAAGGGCACGUAUGGGCUGCUAAGGCGGCGGGACGACUGGCCCUCUCGGCUCCAGAUGUUCUUCGCCAAUAACCACGACCAGGAAUUUGACCCUCCGAAGGUUUACCCACCUGUUCCAGCUGAGAAGAGGAAGCCCAUCCGGGUGCUGUCUCUGUUUGAUGGAAUUGCUACAGGGCUUCUGGUGCUGAAGGACUUGGGCAUUCAGGUGGAUCGCUACAUCGCCUCAGAGGUGUGCGAGGACUCCAUCACGGUGGGCAUGGUGCGGCACCAGGGGAAGAUCAUGUACGUCGGGGACGUCCGCAGCGUCACGCAGAAGCAUAUCCAGGAGUGGGGCCCGUUCGAUCUGGUGAUUGGGGGCAGUCCUUGCAAUGACCUCUCCAUCGUCAACCCUGCCCGCAAGGGCCUCUACGAGGGCACUGGCCGGCUCUUCUUUGAGUUCUACCGCCUCCUGCAUGAUGCGCGGCCCAAGGAGGGAGAUGAUCGCCCCUUCUUCUGGCUCUUUGAGAAUGUGGUGGCCAUGGGCGUUAGUGACAAGAGGGACAUCUCACGAUUUCUCGAGUCUAACCCCGUGAUGAUUGAUGCCAAAGAAGUGUCAGCUGCACAUAGGGCUCGCUACUUCUGGGGGAACCUUCCUGGUAUGAACAGGCCGUUGGCAUCCACUGUGAAUGAUAAGCUGGAGCUGCAGGAGUGUCUGGAGCACGGCAGAAUAGCCAAGUUCAGCAAAGUGAGGACCAUUACUACUAGGUCGAACUCCAUAAAGCAGGGCAAAGACCAGCAUUUCCCCGUCUUCAUGAAUGAGAAAGAGGACAUCUUAUGGUGCACUGAAAUGGAAAGGGUGUUUGGCUUCCCCGUCCACUAUACUGACGUCUCCAACAUGAGCCGCUUGGCCAGACAGAGACUCCUGGGCCGGUCGUGGAGCGUGCCGGUCAUCCGCCACCUCUUCGCUCCGCUGAAGGAAUAUUUUGCUUGUGUACCUCAGAACCUUCCUGCUAUUGAACAUUCUACUAGAAAGCAAACUUCCCAAAAGAGCAUCCAGGACCUCUUAGCUUUUGAGACAGGCCUGGGAGUGUCUGGUGGAGAUGCCCGUGUGAGUUUUGGUGAGUCACUAGGGUGCGGGUUGGGACAGGCAGACCCAGCAGGAAGGAAGGCUGUUGGACGUGGAACUGGCCGUGUGAGGGCCGCUCCCUGACUUCCCACCUAGCUGGCCAUCCCGGGGAACUGAGAACCAUCUCCAGCUCAGGAAGGUCUGUAACAGGAGCAAAGGAAGGAAUAUGUGAGCGGAGCCAUCUGGGAAAUUUUCUGUAGGAAGACUGCCAUCAGGAGUCUUCAUCUCUCUCAUUAUAUAAGUACAUUGAAAGUGGGUCUUGGAGGCGGUUUUGAAUUCCUGUUGCUGUUCUUGGUGUGCAGUUGCUGUGGCCUUUCAGAGGAGUCGUUUUCUGGAAACUUGCAAGAACCCCCUCGAGUUGUGGGUUAGGGGCAUGGGGCCUGCCUGGUACUGUGAUCUGAAGAGAGGCUGGCUGUUUUCCUGUGGUCAGGGCAAUAGCUUGAGCCCAGUUCUGGUGAGGACUGAGUUCUGGCCACACCCCGUUUUGAUCCCAGGAGGUGAAGUCUGAAUUUGUCAUCAAUCAUUGUCUGGUCUGGUGGUGCCCAGUGCUUGUGAUUAGACGUGGCACUGGAGGUGUCCUCGGCAGUCCUGCCCUGUGGCAGAAAGCAGCUGAAGGCUUUCCUCCAGCACAGGAGGGGAGAGCUGUGGAGGGCUGGCCCAGGGCUGGUGUGGUCUCCUGGCCAUCCCCGCUGAGGCAGGGGUUAACUACAAGCCUUGGAAGGGUCUGAGAGGGAAAAGAAUAGAUGACUUAAAGGGUAGGUAGGCUCCGCUGUUCGAGCCGAAGCUCUGGACAAACGUUUACGUUCUGGUAAAGGAAGGCUGGGGUCUCGUGUGUCUAUAUGUUUCCGAGUCUGGCCGCAGGACUCUGCUUGGCGACCUCUUGCUUAUCGCUGAUCCUAGGCAGUGGAGUUCUGGGGGAAGGAGAAGCAAGCAGGUCGAAAGCAGCGAGGACAAGGACAGAAGGUCCCUUUACUAGGCGUGGCUGACUAAUGUGCUGAAACAGAGGCCCGUGGACUCCUGGACCUCCAGUAACUGGAAAACUUCCCUAAUCCACACCCCCGGGGGGCUUGGGAGGGCAGCUUUCCCAGGCCCCUUCCUAGCAGCUCCAGCCCCGGGCCUGAGAGAUGAGCAGGGGUCCAAAGCCUCACCUCGUCCCAUUUCACCUCCCAGACUGAUUUGGUUGCACAGCCCUAGAUUUCAGCAAAUGGCAAAAAUGCCGAAAUUCCUUAGAAUCCGCAGAGGGAAGAGGUGACUCAACAAGGUGCUAAAACGUUUUAUUAAAAAUAUAUAUUGUUAAAUUAAGUCUGCUGUCUGGACAAUGACUGUUUGUUUGUUUUCUUGUAGUGGAGUUUAAAAGAGACUAUUAUUUUACUCUGAUAUAUUAUUAUUAAAAAGGCAUUUUAACUUUGUACUUGAAAACUAAAUGAGCGAUUUCAUGUGUUUUAGCUGAGGCAUUGAAGUAGCGGGUGCUUACUUAUUUGUGGGAAAUCAUGUAUUCAUACUGAAGAAUAAACUCCGUAGCUGAUUUGGUAAUAACUUUUACUGUUACAGACGAUUUCGCUUUGACCCCAGCGGCAGAACACUUUUACUCCACAUUCCACGCAGCUAAAUGCAGGACUUCCUCCCCAGAUCCCUCCUUCCCCAGUCCUCCUUCCUUUCUCUUCAGUUCCUCUUUUUUCCUUUUUUUU